AUGGAGUAUAAAAAGCGAUUUAUCUCCGCAUUUGUUGGAGACUCAUCGCCUACAAAAAUACCUAAGCCCAAAGAUCUUGGUCAAAAUCCUCGUUUCUCCUUCACACUCCCAACUCCAAAACAAGUUCAGAAAGUUCAUCUAAGCACAGGAGCCGCAAUCCCAUCAGACGAAGAAAAUAAUGCAGAUUCUCCCCGCCGCAGCGCCGACGCAAAGCCGCGACCGCACGGGGAGUAUCGCCUCGUUGCGUGCAAGGAUUCGAACGCACUCACUCCAGGCAACAGCUACAGAGAGAGCGGCACUGAGCCACUUCACCGCAAGACCAUAGAGGGCGUGGAUUCGAAACCUUGUGAGAGAGGGAAGGCAGUUCCGCCUCCAGAUCGGGGCGCUUCCAGCACUGUUCCUCCUCCCAUCCCCGCACGCAACCCGUUCUCCGUUCCCUCUCCCGCCGCUCGACACGAAGAGCCGAUCCCGUUACGCCUCCGUGUCAUACAGUCCCCGCCCGCCUUCGUUGCCGCCGCCGCCGCGCACACACCGCAGGCACGCCAGGUCACCGCUCCUCCCCGAGGCCUGCCGAAACACAGCCCGGGGUCAACACGUCAAUCAUGA